AUGCUCGUAACAUUGAAGCACUUCUGCCUAGGCCAUGACCUGGGCUCGCUGUGUUCCUUGCAUCUCAAGGAAUCGGAGCCCUCAAACCUCAGUAUAUCAUCCCUAUGUAGUGCUGUAGUAGGCUACUCAGAUAGACAAACCCAUCUAAUUCUACAGUGUGUUGAGGCUCUAGACAACCCUGCUUGCUUAUCCAAAAAAGACAAUCCACAAUCCAUUCCCAAGUGCAAAGAGCAAGGCGACAAAUUUCCUAAAUUUAAAGUCCAAUUGCUCCCACCCACCACCGUCCACUCCAACCUCCCUAAUCCAAUCCCAAACUACAAUUUCAAAUACACAACACUGCGCAUCGCCACUAUCGUUAUGGAAGCUUUCGAGGAGACCGACGCCGGACUCGAAAAGGCAAUGGGCCUUAUCGAUGAGACGCUCGACAAGGAGGGCCUUCACGGGCUCCGCCUCGAUACGAGCCGCCACGUGCUCGCACGCGCCAAGAUGGUCUCCCACGGGCUGCGCUCAGCUCAGAAGCGCCGCAACAACGCCAUCGUCGUCUACCUCGUCUCGUCCGUCAUCGAGAGGCAGUUGGCCAACGGGGCCCUCGAGCAGGAGCCGCUUGAGGCCGGUCUCCCUGCGCCCGGCAAGGUCGGCGUCCUCACCUACACCGAGUUUGUCCAACGCGUGGGCAAGGACACUCUCCGCGAGUUCCCGGAUGACCUCGUCAUCCUGGCUGACAGCGAGCUCUCGUUCUCAUACGAGGCUGCAAUCGCCCAUAAAGUGAUCGCCUACCACGCACGCUCGGUCCGCGAGGCACGCAAGCAGUCGGUACACCUGAUCACAUUCACCAUCCUGUCCAGUCAUGCCUAUGAGCGGCAGGCCUAUCACGGCACCGGCCUUGAGGAAGUCAGCCACCAGGUGGACAAGCGGAGCGCCCUCCGUCAUGCAGAAGUUGUUGAGUUCACGGCUGGCAGCGACUCAAACACGGCAGUGUUCAAGGCCGCUUUAGACUGCAUCAGGAACGGCAAGACGGUCGUGUCCUUCCUCGAUCCGGUCCUGACUGAAGAUAUCAUGCUGCGGGCAUACCGCUUGCUGUUGACUGAACCGAAUGUGCAGAGGCCUAAGCACAGGACGCUCGUGUCAGACAUGGCAGCGGUGCAGGUGACGGGUGUGUUCGGGCCUCCGUUCAACUCGAACAGCACAUGGGUCACGGUAAGCGCCUUCACUUCCAGCCACGUCCUGCCGAUCGUCAACGUCGGUAUGGUUCUGUCAGGCAUCGAAGUCCCACGCUUCGUCGCGGCAGACUUCGCCCGCGGCGGCCUGCUCGUCAAGGAAGGCCGCCAGUAUAGCGUGCCGGAGAUGGUGCUCCAGCACCUCUACGUCACCGGAGCGUCGCCUGUGUGCACCAGAGACCGAAUCUUCUGCAUGUACUCGCCCGAAGAGCUCUCGGAGCUGCCCAGCUUGGCACCUCAGCGGUUUCUCAACGGCGAGAUCAUGCAAUUCCUGGUUGAGGCCGUCUAUCGCUGGCCCCGCCACCCGCUCCUGACCUUGAGCGUGCGCAUGAGGCCGGAUGAGGUCAGGGUCCUCGCAGAGAUGGUCCGCCGCCUCGUCCGUAUGGGAGUCGUCGAGCCUACGGGGCCCGGCUUUGCUCUCACCGGAAGCAAGGGGGUCCGCCUCCGCAACAGUUUGCUCCCGAUGUUCCCGGACGGCUUCAACGCCUGCGUGCUGCUCUCCGGCCUCGACGGGCUGCCGGUGCGCGUGCAGCGCGUCCUCAUCCGCGCCGGUGCGGUCGCCAUGUACGCGGACAGCCUGAUCGAGAGCCGCGUCGAGGAAAUGACCAGCCAGGACUUCCUCGAGAUCCAGACAGACUGCCACGGCGUAGGCAAAUUGUUGUCACCGCAGGGUAACCUGUGGGUGAUGUUGGGCCUCUACGACAAGGCCAUGAUUCUCAGUGGCAAUCUCGAGAGGCCUCUGCCCCUACUGGCUGGCAAUCGUGUCUGUCUCAGCGAAGCCGCCGUCCGCAAUGUCGCAGACACCGUUGACCGCAUCGAGGGCCUGUAUCAUCUGAGCCCCACCAACGCCGCAGCACAGCCCCUAUCCGAUGCCGACAAGCGCAACAUGAGCUCGCAUCUCAUGCGAGCCUGGUUCGACAAGCUGGUCUUCCUCCGCCGCAGCGGUAACAAUGCGUUCGAUCUCUUGAGCCUGGAAGCAGUGGAGAUCGACUGGAGGGAUUUCUUCGAUCCUGUCGUCUUCUGGAACAGCCGCCCGAACCCGAACGCCGACGACGGCGUGCUGGGUUUCGCUCUUGCGAUGGAGCACUGGGCUGACGACGAAGAGGACCCGAACAAGAUCGGUGCCAUGGCAGUCACUCUCCUUCCGCGUGAGCUGAUCCAGCAGGUCAUGGAAGAGACGCGGUCCGGCGCCGUCGAUGCAUUUGUUUCAAAGUAUCUCUUGGCCGACGAGUGA